AUACCAUCACUGAACCCGCUGCGACAUGGUCAAGCGGCGAACAUCGACAUCCGUGUCGAGCGCCGGCACGCCAGGCCCCUCGGUGAGCUCGGUGCCGCCUACAACAACGACGUCACCCCUCCGCCCGGGCGAUGGCGACAACGAUGCCGAUCGCACCAGCGGCCCGUCGAGGGCGAACGCGAGCGCGAGCGCGACGCCCGCGCCAAACCAGACAGCCGUAAAGGAGAGCCUCAUUUCUGCAGACUAUCGCACCGCAGCGCGGCCUGGUGUUGUCGCGCCCGGCACGGGUGACGGCGGCGCCGCCGGCGACGAGUGUUUCAUGUGGAACGACCUGCCGAUGAACAAGAAUGGAUACAGGUACUACCCCUGUGCUCCGGGGCCGAUUAACUCGCCAAACCCGCAGUUCCCGUUCAACCGGAUCAUCGCUGGCCCGCUCCCGGCGCCAGCGGUCGCCAUCUCGACGCUGGAUCGCUCGUCCUUCCUCCGCAUCGCGCCAAACAGCCUCACAGUGACAACGGACCGCGGGUACCGAUCUGGCCGGGCGACCGUGUCCGUGCGCCAGGGGGUGUGGUACUACGAGGCGAUUGUGGUGCGCGGCGAGGGACCGCAGGGGGCGGGGAAGGCGACCGGCGGCGACUCUGGCAACGCUCAUGUCCGCGUAGGAUGGGGACGGCGCGAGGCUGUCCUCGACGCACCUGUCGGCGCCGACGCAUACUCGUACGGGCUUCGCGACGUUGGCGGCGAGAAGGUGCAUCUGUCAAGACCGAAGCCGUACGGAAAGCCCUUUGCGACGGGCGACGUCGUCGGCUGCCUGAUCUCGCUGCCUGCAAGAGACCCACCACUCCCCCCGCCAACAGAAGGGCGCGCGCAACGCUGGCGCAUCCCAAUACGCUACAAGGGCCAGCUCUACUUUGAGAUGGAUGAGUUCCCAGUGGCAAAGGAGUUUGAGUCGCUCGUCAACCGCGAAGGGAAGGCGCCUGAGCCUGCCCCGCCAGAUGAGGAGCCGGGCAAGAAGAAGGGCCCGGCACCGAAGAAGAAGGCUACCGAGCCGGCCAAGCCUGUCACUCGCCAGCUCAACACACUGCCAGGCUCAUACAUCUCAUUCUUCCUCAACGGCCAACCGCUCGCACCCGACCCAGCGUUUACCGACUUGUGGGACUUUGCCCCGCUCCCGCCACUGGGAUCGGCGAUCGUCAAGCGCCAUGGACAUGGCACCGUUGCGGCAGAGCGCGAACGCGAGACGUAUCACCACAUCGACGACGGUAUCCUCGGCUACUUCCCCAUGGUGUCGUGCUUUGGCCGAGGCAAGGUGCGCCUCAACUUUGGCCCCGACUGGGAGGCGGCGCCCACGGGCUUGCCAGCGGACGCGCGCCCCAUGAGUGCGCGAUGGGACGAGUUUGUCUCCGAACAGGCAGUGUACGACGAGCACGACGAGGGCGUCCUCGACAAGCGGUACCGUCGGGACAUGGAGGAAGCUGCUCGGCGCGCCGCCGCCGAGGCUCUAGCCGCGGCCACCUCGGCAGGCGGUGCAACCGGCACGCCUCCGCGCGGCUCGCGGCCGCCGCCGAACAAGAAGCGGAAAAAGGUUGCGGGCGAGGUCGGCACCCCGGGCACGUCGGCACGGGGUACGCCGGUGCCCGCCGACGGGGGUGCGACGCCGGCGACGCACGGCGGGCGGACCCCUGCGCCAGGGGACGGCGGUCGCACUCCGGCGUACGACACGACUGCGCCGCCCACCCCUGCGCCCGUGCCGACGCCGUACGACGACGUGAGCAUGGCGAGCACACCCGGCGGGGCGGUGAGCGAGGCGGUGUUCAGCCCGAUGCCUGGGGUCAAGGUGGAGGUGGAGGAGGAAGAGGAGGACGCCGAGGGGGAAGACGCGGGGCGCGAGGACGCCGACGAGGGCGUGCAGUGGUCGUAG